AUGAUCUCAAGCAGAACCAACCGGCCCUGGCCGCAGCGUGGGUGCGCGGUCACUCGGCUGGGGUGCCAAGCCUGCUGGGCUGUGGCCAGGCUCCCCAGCGGGCGCGGGAUGGGUGGAGGCUUGGGGGACGCCCAUCUACUAAGGGAUGCCAGGGACCGGCCGCGACGGGCAGGACUGGGCGGCUGCUUCUCCCGGGCCCCAGGAGACGAUCCGGAUCCCAGCGGGGCACCUGCGUUCUCGGAGUUCAGACCGUCCGAGCCGAUUCCUCCCCCAACUCCGCGGGGCAUUCCCCAGGCCUCUCCAGGCCCCACCGACUCCAGGCUGCCCCCAGGCCCCGCCCGAGGCGGACGAUCUGCCUACAGACCCGGACAUGGUGAGCGCAGGAGGAUAUGGAAGCCAAGUGUAAAUGAGGCCUGGCCAAAACGGAAGUGGACACGAGCCCCAGAGAAGAUGGAGCAAGGCGAGCCCGACACCCACCUACAUGCAGGCCCGGACAAGAGUCCCAAGAAAGAAACCCGGAAUCCCAACCAGUCAAGGACACAAAAGCACCACGAGGAAGAGCUGGCCCUUGGGAAGACCGAGACGCGAACUGGGCACCCCCACGAGCCCGAGGACGCCCCAGCUGCCCCGGGACUCACUAACAGACAGCCGUCUGGCCACACGAAGUGCCUCUUCCUCCCUCCAGAUCCGGUCCCCUGGGCUCCCCCAGGGACGUACCCCUCGCAGACAGCCGCCCGGGAAUCUGGGCGCCGGGAGGCGGGGCAGGGGGGCGGGGCCAAGGUUACCCCGGUAACCUCACCUGGGCGGCUCCGCCCCCGCCGGCCGGGCGCUGCUCCCCGCCGCGUGCAGAGCCGCGGCCCCUAA